GCGCAGGCGGCGCGCACUGGCCGGGGCGCGCACUGGUGCGGCGCGCGGCUCCCAUCGCUCUCUUUCCUCUCUCGAUCCGCCCGGCCUGGCCGCCUCCGGAGCUGCCUCCGCCCGCGGAUGGGCUGGGGAAGUUGGCAGGGGCCAGGCGCACCCCCGCCGCCUACCUCGGUGCCCGCAGGUCGGGCGCAGGGCGCCGGCCGCCGGAGCGCGGAUGUCCUCGGGAGCCGCGGGCUGGCAGGUCUUCGGUCCUGAGGCUGCCAGCUUACUAUGGGUACGACAGCUAGCACAGCCCAGCAGGCGGUCUCUGCGGGUGCCCCCCUCGAAAGUCUCCAGGGGGGCAACACAAUGGACAGCCGGCAUUCAUGCAGCGUCCAUGCUAUCCAGACCACGAGCCUGCACAACAGCAAGGCCAAGUCCAUCAUUCCCAACAAGGUGGCCCCUGUCGUGAUCACGUACAACUGCAAGGAGGAGUUCCAGAUCCACGAUGAGCCGCUCAAGGCCCAUUAUACCCGGGGCCGGCUCUCGGCCGCCAGCCCUGAGCACUACCUGGUGCAGGGCCGCUACUUCCUGGUACGGGACGUUACUGAGAAGAUGGAUGUGCUGGGAACCUCAGGGAGCUGCGGGGUCCCCAACUUCCGGCAGGCACGGGAUGGGCUUGCUGUGUUCGGCAUGGGACAGCCCAGCCUCUUGGGGUUCAAGCAGGUCCUUCAGAAACUCCAGAAGGAUGGACACAAGGAGUGCAUCAUCUUCUGCGUGCGGGAGGAGCCCGUGCUGUUCCUGCGUGCUGAUGAGGACUUCGUGUCCUACACGCCUCGAGAUAAGCACAACCUUCAGGAGAACCUCCGGGGCCUGGGGCCUGGGGUCCAGGUGGAGAGCACAGAGCUGGCCAUCCGGAAAGAGAUCCAAGACUUUGCCCGGCUGAGUGAGAACACUUACUAUGUGUACCAUGACACAGAGGACCUGCGGGGGGAGCCCCACGCUGUGGCCGUCAGGGGUGAGGACGACGUGCAUGUGACCAAGGAGGUGUACAAGCGGCCCCUUUUCCUCCAGCCCACCUACAGGUACCACCGCCUGCCCCUGCCGGAGCAAGGGGCGCCCCUGGAAGCCCAGUUUGAUGCCUUCAUCAGCAUCCUUCGAGAGACUCCCAGCCUGCUGCAUCUCCGUGAUGCCCACGGGUCUGCCCCCACCCUCCUCUUCAGCUGCCAUUCAGGUGUGGGCAGGACCCACCUGGGCAUGGUCCUGGGCACCCUGGUGCUGUUUCACCACAGCGGGACUACUUCACGGGCAGAGCCUGGCCCCCUGCAGACCCUGCCCAUGGAGCAGUUCCAGGUGGUCCAACGCUUUCUUCACGCGGUGCCCCAGGGAAGGAAGAUGGUGGAAGAGGUGGACAGAGCCAUCGCUGCCUGUGCAGAGUUGCAUGAUCUGCGGAAGGCGGCCCUGGAGAACCGGAGGAAGCGGGAGGGUGUCCGGCUGGAAAGCGGAGCCCAGGAAAGCAGUGGGGAGCAUGUUGCCCGGCAGAGGGCGCUGCGGAGCCUGGAGUGCUACUUCCACCUGAUCCUGUUCAGCUACUAUCUGCAUGAGCAGUUUCAGCCGCUGGCUGUGCACCCACCCCGAGCUGUACCGCCUCCCUGUGACGCUGAGCUCAGGGGGGCCUGUGACACCCAGCGACCUCCUUGCCCAGGGCUCCCUGCAGGUUCUGAACCCUCUGUGGUGCCAGACUCAGUGCCCUCCCCGCAGGAGGCAGAUGAUCUCGUCUCCCCGGAUGCGCUCAGCACCAUCCGAGAGAUGGAUGUAGCCAACUUCCGGCGUGUGCCCCGCAUGCCCAUCUACGGCAUGGCCCAGCCUAGUGCCAAGGCCCUGGGCAGCAUCCUGACCUACCUGACCGAUGCCAAAAGGAAGCUGCAGCGGGUGGUCUGGGUCAACCUGCGGGAGGAUGCCAUGUUGGAGUGUGAUGGUCACAUCCACAGCCUGCGGAUGCUUGGGCCCCCCAUAGCCCCUGCUCAUUUGGAGGCCAUGGAGGCCCAGCUGAAGGCCCACUUAAGCAUGCCGCCCCCUGACACGAAGGGCCCACCGCUCCCCAGGUUCCAGACGUGCCUCACCAUGCAGGAAGUCUUCAGCCAGCACUGUGGGGCCUGCCCGGGCCUCACGUAUCACCGCAUCCCCCUGCCAGACUUCUGCGCCCCCCGAGAGGAGGACUUUGACCACCUGCUGGAUGCCCUGCGGGCCGCCCUUGCCAAGGACCCUGGCACUGGCUUCGUGUUCAGCUGCCUCAGUGGCCAGGGCCGGACCACGACUGCCAUGGUGGUGGCUGUGCUAGCCUUCUGGCGCAUCCGAGGCUGCCCCGAGGUGGGGGAGGAAGAGCUCGUGAGCGUGCCUGAUGCCAGGUUCACCAAGGGCGAGUUUCAGGUAGUGAUGAACGUGGUACAGCUGCUGCCCGAUGGGCACCGCAUAAAGAAGGAGGUGGACGCAGCCCUGGACACGGUCAGCGAGACCAUGACGCCCAUGCACUACCACCUGCGGGAGCUCAUCAUCUGCACCUACCGCCAGGCGAAGGCUGCCAAAGACGAGCAGGAGGCGCAGAGGUUGCAGCUUCGCAGCGUGCAGUACCUGGAGCGCUACAUCUGCUUGAUCCUCUUCAAUGCCUACCUCCACCUGGAGGAAGCGCGCUCCUGGCAGAGGCCCUUCAGCGCCUGGAUGCAGGAGGUGGCAUCCAAGGCCGGAGUCUAUGAGAUCCUCAACCAGCUGGGCUUCCCUGAGCUGGAGAGCACAGAGGACCAGCCCUUCUCCAGGCUGCGGCACCGGUGGCAGGAGCAGAGCCCGGGGCCUGAGCCCUCGGCCAGCAGGGACUUCCUGUAGGGGCUUCCUCCUGCCCCUCCUCAGAUCCUCUUUGCUGGGAACCUGCCUUGCAGAAGCGACUUCAGGCUUCCUGGAAUGGCAGGGCAGGGCAGGGUGCCUUUUGGAAGAACUUUGUCCUGGAUUCGCAGUUGGCACAGCCUCUCAGAGGCCCGUGGACUCUUCCAGGAGACCUGGUGUGGGCACCUUGCAGACAGCUGUUUGGCUUCCAGCAAACGUGUGCCCCAAACUGUCAAGCAGCCGAUCGUCACUUCUCUCCUCCUCUUCCCCCUCAGAUGUUCUCAUGGCCCAGCCAGCAUCAGUUCCCUUCCCUCUGGCUGCCCACCUCCCGCUCCUCUUUUUGCUCCCUGAGCCCUGCCCUGGGGAACCCAGCUGCCUGGGGUGGACGGCGGGAUUGAUUACCUUAGAGGCAGCUUCAGCCAGUGUCUCUCAGCUCCGUCUCCAGCCAGGGAGACUGCAAGGACAACCUCCAUGACCAGGGGCUGGCCUUGGCCUCUCCCUCCUGUCCCCUGUCCCCUUCCCCUGGGCUGGCAGGAUGUGGAGGUCUCUGGGGAGCUGGAAACAUCAGGGGACCCUUCUUGGGGAUUUAGAAAGCGCUUUUGGAGGCUGACACAGCACUAUGGAGGAAGAGCUCACGUUGCCCUGGAACUUGGACCAAGGGCCAGGCAGUCCACCUUUCCCGCUCACCCCCCCGCACCCCCAGCAGGACCUGAAGGAUGACUGACUCAAGGGUGGUUGUUGGGGUGGCGCUUGCGAGCAGUGAACGUGAGAGUUGGGGCCAAGGAUGGCAUGGGGCGGUGUCCCCUGGGUUCCAGGCCAGCCCUGUGAGGGAUCGGAGGAUGAAUGAGCUGGAUCCCUGGGGGAGCAUAAAGGCCAGCCCGCUCAGUUACGGGUUCUUGGGUCACCUCUGUCCAUAGGUGGGAGGGCUGUGGAAAGGGGCAGGAGACGGGCCCUGCAGCUGCCAUUUAGGCCAGGGCUGCUGCUUGCUGAAACCCCAGGCCUGGACAGUAAGUAGCCCGUCUGCCCACCUGGCUCCUGGGGUCCGGGAAACCUCGCUAGUUGGGCUCAUGCAGUUCUGCAGAAAGACAGAAGGAUGUAGUCAGGUGUGGUGGAGCCCAUCUGUAACCUUAGCACUCUGGAGGCUGAGGCAGGAGGAUCAUUGAAACUUUGAGGCCAGCCUGGGCUAUGUAGUGAGUUCAAGGCCAGCCUGCACUACCUAGCGAGAUCCUGUCUCAAAAACCUAAAACAACAGCAACAGGACAGAAGGGUGUGUCAGUUUUUGAUCUUUGAAAGGGGCAGAAGAGGCCUAAGCCAUUCACAUCUACCCAGUGUUGAAGAAUAUCGAUCCUCGUAGGUCGAGUUUUGCAAAACUACUGUAUGUCUUGCCCCUGCCUUUUCAGCCGGUUUCUAUUGUGUGUAUUCAGAGGCUUCAGUUUCUUUGCAGACAAGGUCUAGCUGAAGAGUCAGAUCAGGGGUGAACUGGGAGGGAUCCUUUGUGUUCUCAUGCUUGGCUCUGACUUUCAGCUGUGCUGGGACCACUGGCCAAUCACUUCACCUCUCUGCCUCAGUUUCCCCAUCUGUAAAAUGGGAGAAUAAUACUUGCCUACCUACCUCACAAGGGUGUUGUGAGGAAUCAUUCAUGAUUUUUUUUUUUUUUUUUUGUAUAGCGCUUUUGAGCAUUAAAAGCAGCUUCAAUGUGAAAUAUGCCUGCUGAUUUCUGUUUAGGGUGAGGCAGACCUUAUAGAAUUGACACAGUUGGGUCCUUGCUCCUUCAGGGCCCUGAGAAGGACCUGUGGCACUUCUGAAUCUUAAACAGUUCGAGGGAUUUUUCAGACCUCUUUCCUCUUUCACAUCCCAGAGCAUGCCUGGUCAUCUCACACUGGAUGCCCAAGGCUGCCUGCUGAGCCCCUAUUUUAAUAAGGUAACAAGCUAAUUCUCACUGGAGUGUGGGAGAUGUAUAUCUAGGAAAAGUGUGUGAAGCAAAAUGGGACAUUUUGCAAAUGCAAACAUCUGUGUAACUCAGACAUCUGUCAAGACAUAUCUAUAGCUUUACAGUGGGGGAUACUUCUGAAUAAAAAUUUGUGGACGAUGGUUCACAGUGCAUCUUCAAA